GGGAUUUGCCGCAGCACCUCCAGGUGAUGAUCAACCUCCUUCGCUGUGAGGACAGAAUCAAGUUGGCCGUGCGCUUAGAAAGUGCCUGGAGCGAUCGCGUGAGGUACAUGGUGGUCGUCUACAGCACUGGGCGCCAAGACACCGAGGAGAACAUUCUCCUGGGCGUGGACUUUUCCAGCAAGGAGAGCCAGAGUUGUACCAUUGGGAUGGUGUUACGUCUGUGGAGCGAUACGAAGAUCCACCUGGAUGGAGACGG